UCCACCCCACGCAUAAGCCUCACUGGCGAACUCCCUCCCCCUUGGAGAAGGAACAAAAUCUUUAAUAUCUUUACAGGAGCGUCUGGAGGACUGACCCUACUUAAUCCAUGCGCAAUCUCCGGAGUGUCAUUUUCUGCCGGAGAAUUCGCUUCGGCGCUCUCUGCUCUAUCUUACUGUGUACGCUGAGCGAGAGUAUCACUGGCACGGCGCAAUAGAAUACGCUCUCCAAGCUGCGUCUGUGUUUUCUACACUCCGGCUCCGUGGUGCGCUCCUUGGCGUGGAUCGCUGUGGAUGCCUUUUGGUUGUGUAAUAUUUCUGCUCCCCCUUAGAGGCAGAACGCCCAGAUAGCCCUCUUCCAAAAAUCUUCUCCAUAACAAUAUACGCGAAAGGAGAGAGUGAGAACCGUUUCCUUCCUUGCCGACUUAUCGCGUUUCGUUUCAGGACUUUUUUUCUUUUACAUGGCGCAAGGUCUACGCAGGCGGGACGGCUUUGCUUCCAGCUCCGGGCGCAAGGCAGCUAACGUGGAUUUGGAUAGCCAAGCAACAGUAACAGCAGUCAAAUGCACGGGUAGCACAUCCGGCACCCCCACCUUCCCGCUCUCCUCCACCCGGCUCUAUGUCGAGUAAUGGUCGGCUCGACUCAGUGGAUGCUCCCCGCUCUUUCCGGAUCGUCGACAAUACCAUAUUCAGCAGCAAAUUCUCAUUUUCGGAGGAAAUUUUCAAAGAGCUAAGAGCCACAUAUGGAAACUGGGGACCAAAAUUUUAGGAAAAAGGAUAUCUACCAGUUAUUUAUUUUAUUUCAUUUUCGUUUUCAUUUCUCUGUUAUCAAUUGAUUUAUCCCUGUUAAUUUCUUCUCAUCUCAUUGUCGACUUGAUUUGUGACACUGCUGCAAUAGUUACACAUUUAAAUCCUGUAGUCUCUUUUGGGUUUUGUUGUUGUUGUUGUUAAUUUUGAAAUGGACUAAAGUCAUCAGUCCAUUUAUUUUUCCUGCUAGUCUAUCUUAACAAGGCUUUCCCUCAUUCCCCUGUCUAAGCCAGCCUUCCCUCUUGAUUAGACUGUCGCGUUGCUUAGUUAUAAUAAGACCGCUUCGUAGGUCAACAAUUGUUGUAUUGCAUUGAAUUUUUAUAGAAAUAUUGAGUGUGAAAUCGUUGCAAACCUACCAUUACUCCAGCACUUCUCCACCCCUUUUACCACGACUAUUUCAUCAGAAUUUUGCAUUCUUCUGAGUGCAGUAUUUAUCUAUAAGAUGUAACACGCGAAAAACAUCAAGAUAAGACUCAACCUGCUGUUUAAACCUCAGAUUAAGACGCUUUUAAAACGUAUUAUUCGCAUCCGUAAGUGUGCUUGUCACAGUCUGGUCUUAGACCGCAUUCUUUGGUUAACAAACUAUCAACUAUUGCUUUUAUCUUUUAAUGACACGAUCACGGCAAUACUAAAGGUGUAGGCAGUUCAGUGUUAAGCAUAAGAUAUAUGUAUAUUCUCUUUAAUGAGUAGCUUUGCAGUAUAAGAACUGGGGUGAGUUUGAGUUGUUGCAGCGCCUUUCUCUGCCUCGUUAGACAAGUAGAUAAAGAAGCCAGUUUACUCUUCUUUUCAACAUUAUUAUAUAAGACAAGUGGGUGCAAAACACACCGAAUCCCCCUUGAAAACAGCCAGAGAGGCUCACCAAUUUCUUCCUAAUUCGGUCCUCACCCAAACGCAACCAUAAGGUUCCUACCGCAUCCUCCCCCUCCCCCAUCCUUUCGCUCAAACAUAUCCCAUUUUUUUAGUUUGGUUUGGUCCCGUAAAUUUUCAAAUAUUUACUUCCUAUACAUCAAGAGGAAAGGGGGUCCCCCUUUCAUGGAAUGCGGAAACAUGGGUGUGUUUGACCGCGGAAUAAAGAUGCUACUGACCACGGUGGGCGCGUUUGCCGCGUUCAGUCUGAUGACCAUCGCGGUGGGCACGGACUACUGGCUAUACUCACGCGGCGUGUGUAAGAUCAAGACCAACAACGAGAACGAGACCAGCAAGAAGAACGAAGAAGUGAUGACCCAUUCGGGUCUAUGGAGGACAUGUUGCUUAGAAGGAAACUUCAAAGGACUGUGUAAACAGAUAGACCACUUCCCAGAAGAUGCAGAUUACGAAGCAGAUGCCUCUGAAUACUUUUUACGUGCUGUGAGAGCAUCCAGCAUCUUCCCCAUCCUCAGUGUGAUCUUGCUCUUCACAGGAGGUCUGUGUAUAGCUGCCAGUGAAUUCUACAAAACCCGCCACAACAUCAUUCUCAGUGCGGGGAUACUCUUUGUUUCCGCAGGUCUCAGUAACAUCAUCGGUAUGAUCGUGUACAUAUCCGCAAACGCGGGGGACCCCACCAAGAGCGACUCCAAGAAGAACAGCUACUCCUACGGGUGGAGCUUCUACUUCGGUGCCCUGUCCUUCAUCAUGUCUGAAAUGGUGGGCGUCCUGGCCGUGCACAUGUUCAUCGACCGGCACCGCAUGCUGCGUGUGGGAGCGCGGGCCGCAGACUACCUGCAGGGCUCGGCCAUCGCUCGCAUCCCCAGCUACCGCUACCGCUACCGGCACCGUUCCCGCUCGUCGUCCCGCUCCACGGACCACUCGCACUCGCGGGAGGGCUCCCCCGUGGGCCUGAAGGGCUUCGGGGCCUUGCCUUCCACCGAGAUCUCCAUGUACACGCUCAGCCGUGCCGGGGACACGCUGAAGGGGAACCAGGGAACGCCCACGGCCACCUACAACUCGGACAGGGACCACAACUUCCUGCAAGUCCACAACUGCGUCCAGAAGGAGCUGAAAGACUCGUCCCACACCAACACAGCCAACCGACGCACCACGCCUGUAUGAGGAAAUCUCCUGGGGAGAG